CAUCACUGCAUUUAGAUUUUUUUUAAGUAGAAAUAUUUACUUUAAAGGUUUGGACCGGAAGUUGUAUGUUGUGACUGUGUAACUUGUUGUUCUGGCUGAUAGUCUGAGUAUUAGUGACCCAGAGACACACUGCAGCUAGGACCAGCACUAAUAACACCACAGUGUCUACUCAACUAUCUGAAACCCUGUUUAAACAUUUGCCUCUUUAGCUUAACAAAAGGCCUUUUUUCUUUUUCUUUUUUUUUUUAACGGAAACCAUUUUCUGUUUCCAUGGAAAUGUCCUGAUUUUUUACUCAUGAGCGGCUGUCACAGUUCUACUCCGAUAAAAAGCCUGUUGUGAUAUUAAGUUUGCCAGUAUUAGUUGCUGUAGGACAGGACCCUGGACGCAUGUUCCUGUGAUCUCUGUAUAGGACACUGGACGGACGUCACUCUGUGUGAUGGAUAAUGCUCAUACAAAAACAGUGGAGGAGGUUUUAGGCUUCUUCAGUGUAAAUGAGUCAACAGGCCUGAGCUGUGAGCAGCUGAAGAAGAACAGGGAGAGAUGGGGACCCAACGAAUUACCAGCUGAAGAGGGAAAGUCUCUCUGGGAGCUGGUCCUUGAACAGUUUGAGGACCUGUUAGUUCGAAUCUUGCUGCUGGCUGCGUGCAUCUCCUUUACGUUGGCUUGGUUUGAAGAAGGGGAGGGGACAAUCACAGCCUUUGUUGAACCCUUCGUCAUCCUUCUUAUCCUCAUCGCCAACGCUAUUGUGGGAGUAUGGCAGGAGCGUAAUGCAGAGAAUGCCAUUGAGGCUCUGAAAGAGUACGAGCCAGAGAUGGGAAAGGUGUACCGACAGGACAAGAAGAGCGUCCAGAGAGUCAGAGCCCGAGACAUCGUUCCUGGAGACAUCGUGGAAGUUGCUGUUGGUGAUAAGGUCCCAGCUGACAUCAGGCUGGCGUCCAUCCGCUCCACCACUCUGAGGGUGGACCAGUCCAUUCUGACGGGGGAGUCUGUGUCAGUGCUCAAACACACAGACCCUGUUCCAGAUCCCCGAGCUGUCAACCAGGACAAGAAGAACAUGCUCUUCUCCGGCACCAACAUUGCAGCGGGCCGUGCCAUUGGUGUUGUGGUGGCAACAGGGGUGCAGACAGAGAUUGGGAAAAUCCGAGAUGAGAUGGCCUCCACUGACCCUGAAAGGACCCCACUCCAACAGAAACUAGACCAGUUUGGAGAACAGCUGUCUAAGGUCAUCAGUGUGAUCUGUGUGGCAGUGUGGGCCAUCAACGUGGGACACUUUAAUGACCCGGUCCAUGGAGGCAGCUGGCUGAGAGGAGCUGUUUACUAUUUCAAGAUUGCUGUUGCACUGGCUGUAGCUGCCAUACCAGAAGGCCUCCCAGCAGUCAUCACUACCUGCCUCGCACUGGGCACCAGGAGGAUGGCCAGGAAGAACGCCAUCGUCCGCAGUCUGCCAUCAGUGGAGACGCUGGGUUGUACCUCUGUUAUCUGCUCUGACAAGACAGGAACACUGACCACCAACCAGAUGUCAGUCUGCAGGAUGUUUGUAGUGGACAGUGUGUUAGGGGAGCGCUGCAGCCUGAGCGAGUUCACAGUGACUGGAUCUACUUACGCCCCUGAGGGGGAAGUUUAUAAGGAUGGCUCAGUGGUAAAGUCCAGUCAGUAUGAAGGCCUGGUGGAGAUGGCCACCAUCUGUGCACUGUGCAAUGACUCCUCACUGGACUACAAUGAGACAAAGGGUGUGUAUGAGAAGGUUGGGGAGGCAACAGAGACUGCCCUCUGCUGUCUGGUGGAGAAAAUGAAUGUGUUCGACACUGACCUGAGAGGACUGAGCCCUACUGAGAGAGCUACAGCAUGCUGCUCUGUGAUUAAGCAGCUGAUGAGAAAGGAGCUAACACUGGAGUUUUCCAGAGACAGGAAGUCCAUGUCUGUCUUCUGUUCAUCCAAUAAACUCACCAGGUCUGCUUCUGGAGCCAAGAUGUUUGUCAAGGGAGCUCCAGAGAGCGUGUUGGAGCGAUGUAACUACAUCAGGGUCAGCGGUUCUGCUCGUGUGCCUUUAAGCCCGGUUGUUCGAGAGCAAAUCCUGUCCACUGUGCGCGAAUGGGGAUCGGGUCGAGACACGCUGCGAUGCCUCGCCAUGGCAACUAGGGAUACACCCCCUGACAUCCACUGCCUCAACCUGGAGAAUUCAGCUGGCUUUGCUGACUAUGAGUUGGACCUGACCUUUGUGGGCUGUGUGGGCAUGUUGGACCCCCCCAGGAAAGAGGUCCUUUGUGCAGUCCGGAUGUGUCGGCAAGCUGGCAUCAGAGUUAUCAUGAUCACAGGUGAUAACAAAGGUACGGCCCUGUCUAUCUGUCGGAGGGUGGGCAUCAUCACAGAGCAGGAAGAGGAGCAGGAGGUUGCUGGGGUCAUGGGGGGCCUAACAGGGAGAGAGUUUGACGAGCUGCCCCCUCACCUGCAGCGUCAGGCCUGCAGGACAGCACGCUGCUUUGCUAGGGUGGAACCGGCACAUAAAAGUCGUAUAGUGGAGUACCUGCAGAGCCUCAGUGACAUCACUGCAAUGACGGGGGACGGUGUGAAUGACGCACCUGCACUGAAAAAGGCAGAGAUUGGCAUCGCUAUGGGCAGCGGCACAGCAGUGGCUAAAUCAGCCUCUGAGAUGAUCCUGGCUGAUGACAACUUCUCCACCAUUGUGGCUGCAGUAGAGGAGGGCAGAGCCAUUUACAACAACAUGAAACAGUUCAUCAGAUACCUGAUAUCAUCCAACAUAGGAGAGGUGGUCUGUAUUUUCUUGACGGCUGCACUGGGCAUGCCUGAAGCACUGAUCCCAGUCCAGCUGCUAUGGGUUAACCUUGUCACUGACGGUUUCCCAGCAACAGCUCUGGGCUUUAACCCUCCAGACCUGGACAUCAUGUCCCGCCCUCCUCGUUCCCCCAAAGAGCCUCUGAUCUCCAGCUGGUUGUUCUGUCGCUACCUCAUCAUUGGUUGCUAUGUAGGAGCUGCCACUGUCGGAGCUGCAGCCUGGUGGUAUAUGGCCGCCCACGAUGGACCAAAACUUUCCUACUAUCAGCUGUCUCACUACCUGCAGUGCAGUGAAGGCCAUGUUGAGUUUGCUGGUGUGCAGUGUUCAGUCUUUGAGUCUCCUUAUCCCAUGACUAUGGCCCUGUCUGUCCUGGUAACUAUAGAGAUGUGCAAUGCCCUUAACAGUCUUUCAGAGAACCAGUCCCUACUGAAAAUGCCUCCCUGGUCAAACCCUUGGUUGGUGGGGGCCAUCUGUCUGUCCAUGGCUCUUCAUUUCCUCAUUUUGUAUGUGGACCCACUGCCGGUGAUUUUCCAGAUACGUCCGCUGUCGUGGCCUCAGUGGGUGGUCGUGUUGAAGAUGUCACUUCCUGUCAUCUUGAUGGAUGAGGCUCUAAAAUUCCUGGCCCGCAACUACAUUGAGAAAGGAAGCCAGAUCCAGUCACUGGAAGAGGAAGAGGAAAUGCGGAGGACAGGGACAAGCACAGGAUUAGUCGGUGCCAUGAUGACGAAGCUCAAGCAGUCACUGAAGGGUGUGUCCUGGUCAUUCAUCCUGAUCUCUGCACCACUCGUGAUCUGGAUCUUCAGCCUGGACUCUGACAUCACCAACAUCUUCUGGGAGUGAUGAGAGAGCAAGAGGACGGCCGCACUGUGGGGAAGAAGAAAGAGAAAAUGUAAAGAAGGACUGUUGGAAUAAAAUGCAGAGCAUUGGGUAGUGAUGUGCCAAUGACGCCUCAUGAAGCAUUUUCUUUAUUUUCUGAGCCCACUAGAUGGCACCCUUUGUUCAUUGAAAAAGGCUCUAGCAAUGGUAAUUAAGUGUGUUUUCAGCCCUUUGUUGAACAGAGAGCUCCAUCUAGUGAAGUCAAAAAACACAGGAAAUGCUUCAUUAGGCUUCAUUGGCACAACACUAGCAUUGGGUGUGUCAGGGUGAGGUGAGAUGGGAGCAAAGUAUUUAUCAUCUUUGCUUGUUUCUCUGAGAUUCAAGAAUUUAAACUGUAAGCGAUUAAGGGUAAAACAUUUCGCUAACAAAAGAAAAACAAAGAGUAUCUCCACACUAAAUGGUGCUAUGUGUAGCAUUUCAUUGACAUCCCAUAGCUUACUUAGACUGGACUCUAGGCCAAUGUUGCUCAGUUUGUCUGUCCAACACUGAAAUGCAAACAUUGCAUGCUCACCUGCUAACCUUUGCCUUCUAAAGUACUAAAGGUUGCCUGAUAAAUAUUAGCAUGUUAGCAUGCAAUAAUCUGUUCUUGUGUUGUAAAACAGUCAGACUAGGGAGUCACAAAGUAAACGCUUUUCCUUGCCAGAGGUUGUAUUCAUUUCCCGCUCAGAUAGUUUCACUUUUCACCAGCUGUUUAUGAAACCUUCACUAAGUUUGUGUUUAUCUACUAGCUAGCUUAAGACUAGUCUUUUAUUCAAUCAGAAGGCACCACUAAAACUAAAGUAACAUCUUAACCAGUAAAGACUAUAAGAAUCAUCUGUAACAGUGUCCAAUCAAAUACAAUUAACAGGAAGUCAUCGUAGCAUCACAAGUUAUAGGUAUACAUAAGUUAAUGAGUAGUAAGAUACAUUUUUCUUUAAUUGUAUUCAUUUUCUUUAGAGUGGGAGGAAUAAAAUAACCUCUUCUACUAAUAUCUGUUGUUAGAUUAUUGGCAUAACCUUUUGGAAUUUGAAAUAUUUAUUGUUAAAUUUAAUUUGAAGUGUUUUCAAUUACAAAAUAAUUAACAAUGUUUUUUUGAGUAUAGAAUAAAAUAUGUUGACUAUAUCCCAUUACCUCUUUUACUGGCUACUCAACAGCUUUACCUGUAUUUAGUGGCUGUAAAUACAUCUCUUCAUAACAAAUUAGUAUUCUAUAGGUAAAAAAUUCUGGUAAACAACUGGGGUAACUGGCUCCUGAGGAGGAGAAGUCAUGAAAAUAAUUAGUUUGUUUCUUUCAUUUCUAGGUAUUAAUCCCUCUCUGGUCCCGCAGUGGUUUCCAACCACCACUGCUGCAGAUGUGUAAGGAGAUCAGAGGGAUAGCAUGUUGAUCAGUUAUUGAAAUGCUACAUACAGCACCUUUAAUAUGUCAUGUCUAGUUGAAAAAUAGUGGAUUCAAUAGAAAAAAGAGAGAAGCACUGAGUGUUCUUAAAUCACACACACACCCACCCACACACACACACACACACACACUGUGUGCACACUGUAGUAAUCUGGUCAGUAUCAGGUGAUGAGGCCAGAUCACUGGAUGUAAAAGCGACCAUUGCAACAACAUUUUGUUUGAAUACUGUCUCAAACAAGCAUUUAACAUUUAUUUUAAGGAAGAUAGCUAGCAGACAUGACAGGAUGCAUGUCAGCGCAUGUCACACAUCUCUAACAGCCAGUGUGUGUGCAGGUGUGUCCUGCAGUCUUGGCUUCAAGUGUGAUGUAUGUACAGCUGUCUGUCAACAGCUUUUUAAUAGGGUUGACAUGGUGGAGUACAGUUCAUCAUAACCUUUAAAGGCCAGUCAUUCUAACAAAUCAACAAUUCAGUAUCCUUCCUUGUUUUUUCUGUUGAUUGUUAGUGCAAAGCUCAGAAAGUCUUAACUUGACUGUAAGCCUUCACACCAGGACACAUGUCCAUUUCUUUUAUUCAUGUGUAAACACAGUAGAGCUUGUUAUGUUCUUGCAGGAACAGUCUGUAACAUGUAUAUAAGAUAAAUGGAUUACUAUGGUUUAUAACUGUCAGUCCAGCAGUCUCACUCAGGACGCUGCAGCACCAUGUGUUUAGUUCUGUCCUCCUGUCUCUCUCAAAUGAUUUUAGAUGCAGAGCUGUAACACAGACUGUAGAGUCCUCAUGAGUCCUACAGUGGGCCUGAGGCAGUGUUUCCUUUUACACCUGUCACCUGUCUGCCAUUUUCUCCAUUGAUGCCAUCGUGAAGUCUCACUCUGUUUGCCAUUGAGGGGAUUUUUUUAAUGGUGAAAAAAAGCGAUUUUGGUUCAUGUAGUUACAUUAACUUUGAUUUGAUAUUACAAUUUACCUUGAUGAUGUAGUUUUAGGGCACCUGAUAGGAAGCAAAGUCAUUUUAUAUGAUUUCAUGCUUUUAUGGGAAAAGUUUAUAUUGACAUUUUGCGAGUAACAUCACAAUAUAUUGUGUCUAUUAUAUCUAUCUCUCUAUCUAUCUAUCUAUCUAACUAUCUAUCUAUAUAAUAUAAUAUAAUAAGAUAUAAUAGAGCAGAUAGAGCUUUUACCCUGGACAGAUGAUAUGACUUUCCUGCAGCAGGGCAUUUACAAACAUUUUUUCCAAAUUAUAACUUAACUCAAUGUUAUGGUAUAUUCUCGUAAAAUUGCAAUAUAUUUCUGGUAUAUUCUCGUAAAAUUGCAAUAUAUUUCUGGUAAUUUUCUGAUUUUCUUUUUAAAUGAAUGACAUUUUCUAAUUAAAUUGUAACUUAUUCUUAUCAUUCCAACUUUUCUCUUAUAAUAUUAUUAUCUAAUCUUGUGAAAACUGUAUCUUUUAUUUGGUCAUUUUAUUACUUUUCCCUCCCUCAUAAAAUUGGCUCGUUAAAAAAAAAACUUUUACUUUUAUUCUCAAAAUGUGUUAUUUAUUUAUUUUACCAUAAUUGGCCUGAAAAAUUGGUCAUAGGCUGAUACAUUGAAUAAAAACAUACAUUUUAAUGUUUUAAAUUUUAAAAUGUUCAUUGUUAUGGAGGAGUUUGAUAUUUUUGUGUUUUCUUUUAUUGAUCAUUUAUUUUUAGUCAAUACUGAUCCUUGUUAUUUAUCCAAACCCUUAGAAGAAGUUCUUGUCCAUUUGCUGCCCACUGUUCUGCCUCUUUUUUUGCUCUCACAUGAUAGCUUAAAAAAUGUCAAAAAUUGCUAGGAGUGACCUCUGUUGUAAUAUCAUAUUUUGGGUUUGAAACAAUGAAUGCAGCAGAAACGUGUUUCCAGUGAGUAUUUUCCAUUUUUUGUUCAUAUUUUAUUUUCUGCAAGGUUAAAUUAAGUCAUUAUGUCAACCCCUAAUGUACCCAUUUUGUUUACACAGUUCUUUAUUAUUAUUGUUGUAACAAUAAUAUAUAUUACAACAAUGUAUUGUUGUUACUGCACAGCCAUGUUUUGGGAAAGAGAACGAGUGGGAGGGGAGGUUCUUAUGGUUCCAGACUGUUGUUGUUCCUGACUAACUCACCUGUUGAAUUAAAAGUUGAUAUGAAGAACUUCAUAA